GGAUGCCCACAGAUGAUUUGUCCAGUAUAUUUGCUUCAUCUGCUAAAGUUGCUACUCAGCCCCACCAUUAUUGCGUUCGUCAUCAUUUUUAAAGUUCGUGGGUCCCUUGGCAUUGGCAAGAAGGCUCGUCCACGGUUCGGCCUCUCAGUCAAGGCCGAGAUACCAACAGCUGUUGCUGCGAAAAGCCAACAUACCACGGCCCUGCGACCUGGUGCGCUUCCGACUUUAGGUCCUGAGAUGCUGCAAGAUGGAAUCUUCCGCUCGAUUUCGGACUAUUCAAGGUUUCCGUUCAAGGCUUGGGGCCAGCUAAGUGGCUCUUUUAAGCGGGGACAAAGAUGGAUCUCAAAUUCUAGAUCUAUGUGCCUUUAUUUUGUCUCCUCUUCUUUUCUAUAAACCUUUGUAUUCGUUUCAUAUAAUUUUCUUUCCUUCUAGUAUCUACUUCUCACACUUAUACUUCGACAAGCUGGAUUGACUGAGCAUUCGAGACACCAGUCAUGGCGACCACAGAGCCAGAGGGCUUCGCGCCUAUUGUCAAGUCUACCAGCCAUGCCACCGAAAGACGAAACUCUCUUGCACGCGCCUUCACCAAUUCUUCGGUUCUUUCUGGACGACGGAAAAGCCGCCCUUACGAUGAUUCCGACGAUGAGGUGGGAGAACCCAUCGCCGAAGACUGGAGUAUGAUGCCAGAGAUCAAGGCCCUGCAAAAGCAGGGGGAGAAGGACGCAGUGAAGCAUCGAAAGAUUGGUGUUACAUGGAGAAACUUGACAGUGAAAGGCAUCGCCAGUGAUGCUGCUAUCAACGAAUCGGUGGGCUCACAGUUCAACAUCCUGAACUCUAUCAGGGAAUCACGGCACAAACAACCAAUGAAGACCAUCCUUGACGAUACUCAUGGAUGCGUCAAGCCUGGAGAGAUGCUACUCGUUCUUGGUCGGCCAGGCGCUGGAUGUACAUCGCUUCUCAAGAUGCUCGCAAACAGACGUGAAGGCUAUGCUGAGGUGACGGGAGAUGUUUCGUGGGGAACCUUAAAUCCUAAGCAAGCCGGGCAAUUCCGAGGACAAAUUGUCAUGAAUACGGAGGAAGAAUUGUUCUUCCCUACCCUUACUGUUGGACAAACCAUUGACUUUGCAACGAGAAUGAAAGUUCCCUUCAACCUUCCAUCAGACACAACCUCGCCCGAAGAAUUCCAACGCCAGACAAGAGACUUUCUCCUGAAAUCCAUGGGCAUCAGUCACACUCUGGACACCAAAGUCGGGAAUGAGUAUGUUCGUGGUGUAUCAGGAGGCGAAAGAAAGCGAGUCAGUAUCCUCGAAACUCUUGCGACUCGCGCAAGUGUGUACUGUUGGGACAACAGCACUCGCGGUCUAGAUGCUAGUACUGCCCUCGAGUACACAAAAGCGAUUCGCGCUAUCACAGACAUCUUUGGCUUGGCUUCUAUUGUCACGCUGUACCAAGCUGGUAAUGGUAUCUAUAACCUCUUCGACAAAGUCCUUGUUAUCGAUGAGGGGAAGGAGAUUUUCUACGGUCUUCGAAAGGAAGCUAGGCCAUUCAUGGAAAGUCUUGGCUUUGUUUGUGCAGAUGGUGCAAACGUCGCAGAUUUUCUGACUGGUGUUGUCGUCCCAUCAGAACGGAGGAUUCGCGAGGGAUACGAGGAAUCUUUCCCAAGAACAGCAAAUGACAUCCGGCAAUGCUAUCAAAAGUCGACUAUAAGGGCUGAAAUGGAAGCCGAGUACAACUAUCCCACCACAGACGAGGCGAAGAAAUUCACGGAAGAUUUCAAAGUUGGGGUUAGCCAGGAGAAGCACAAAAGUCUGUCCAAGAAGUCACCGCUCACAGUGAGCUUUGUCGCACAAAUCAAAGCUGCUGUCACUCGACAAUAUCAGAUCCUCUUGGGAGAUAAAGCGACUUUCAUCAUCAAGCAAGCCUCGACCAUCAUUCAAGCAUUGAUAACAGGUUCCCUCUUCUACAACGCCCCGGACAACUCUGCAGGUCUAUUCGUCAAAUCCGGUGCACUCUUCUUCGCUCUUCUGUUCAACAGUCUUAUCGCCCUGUCAGAAGUGACUGAUUCCUUCUCGGGUCGUCCAGUUCUGGCGAAGCAUAAAUCAUUUGCUUUGUAUCACCCGGCCGCAUUCUGCAUAGCGCAAAUCACCGCCGAUAUACCGGUUAUCCUGGUUCAAGUUUCUACGUUCUCCAUUAUUCUAUACUUUAUGGUUGGCCUCAGACAGGAUGCGGGAGCUUUCUUCACUUUCUGGGUCAUUGUCUUCUCGACUGCUAUGACCAUGACCGCAUUUUUCCGAGCAAUUGGUGCCGGGUUCAGUACAUUCGAUGCUGCAAGUAAAGUCUCUGGCUUCAUGGUAGCGGCUCUAAUCAUGUAUACCGGAUACAUGAUCAGAAAACCUCAGAUGCACCCCUGGUUUGUAUGGAUAUAUUGGAUAGAUCCCCUGGCUUACGGAUUUUCGGCUAUUCUCGCGAAUGAGUUUAAAGGCACGAUAAUUCCUUGCGUGGCCACCAGUCUUGUUCCAAAUGGGCCAGGAUAUACAGACGCUCUGCAUCAAGCAUGUACUGGAGUUGGUGGGGCACUACCAGGAGCCACGAGUGUUACUGGAGAACAGUAUCUUGCAUCACUCUCGUACUCAGCAUCAAAUAUCUGGCGGAAUUUCGGCAUUCUCUGGGCGUGGUGGGUCCUCUUCGUUGUCGUUACGAUCGUUUCAACAAGCAAUUGGAAGAGCCAAUCUGGCAACAGCGGGUUUCUCCUGAUCCCGCGUGAGAAGGUUAAGCAGACCAAACACUUGACGCAGGACGAAGAAUCGCAACCAGUCCCAGACACUGAGAAAAAUGUUCCGACAUCUAGCGGCGGUUCAACCUCAGACGGAACCAAGGUCAAUGAUGACCAGCUUGUCCGCAAUACAUCAGUUUUUACCUGGAAGGAUUUGACUUACACUGUCAAGACACCUUCUGGUGAUCGCGUUCUUCUCGACAAUGUGCAAGGAUGGGUGAAGCCUGGUACGCUUGGAGCAUUAAUGGGAUCGUCUGGUGCUGGUAAAACAACACUGCUGGACGUUCUCGCCCAGCGCAAGACUGAAGGCACAAUCCAUGGUUCUAUUCAAGUUGAUGGUCGCCCACUUUCGGUCUCUUUCCAGCGUUCAGCAGGAUAUUGCGAGCAACUGGAUAUUCAUGAGCCAUUAGCUACUGUUCGUGAAGCACUAGAAUUCUCCGCCUUGCUCCGUCAAUCUCGUGAAACUCCCCGCGAGGAAAAGCUUCGCUACGUCGAUACGAUCGUCGAUCUCCUCGAGAUGCACGAUAUCGAAAAUACCCUCAUUGGCAAUACUGGAGCCGGACUGUCUGUGGAGCAACGGAAACGCCUUACAAUCGGCGUGGAGCUUGUUUCUAAGCCCAGCAUUCUGAUCUUCCUGGAUGAGCCAACCUCUGGUCUUGAUGGUCAAGCGGCAUUUAACAUUGUGCGUUUCCUUCGCAAACUUGCAGAUGUUGGCCAAGCUGUUCUCGUCACCAUUCAUCAGCCUUCGGCUCAAUUGUUUCUCCAAUUUGAUAGCCUUCUCCUUCUCGCUAAAGGAGGCAAGACCGUCUAUUUCGGAGACAUCGGCGAUAAUGCCUCCACUUUGAAAGAAUACUUCGCACGUUAUGACGCUCCUUGUCCCAAAGAUGCCAACCCAGCUGAACAUAUGAUCGACGUCGUCUCCGGAACUCUCUCUCAAGGCCGCGACUGGAACAAAGUCUGGCUCGAAUCUCCAGAGUAUCAAAACACCACUGAAGAACUCGACCGUAUAAUUUCCACCGCCGCAGCAAAUGAGCCUGGAACCAACGAUGACGGCCACGAAUUCGCAAUGCCGCUCUGGGAACAAACCAAACUCGUCACUCAAAGAAUGACUGUCUCCAUCUGGAGAAAUACGGACUACAUCAACAACAAACUCGCUUUGCAUAUUGGCUCUGCGCUUUUCAACGGCUUCUCAUUCUGGAAAAUCGGAACUUCGGUUGCUGAUUUGCAGUUACGACUGUUUACUGUGUUCAAUUUCAUUUUCGUCGCUCCUGGUGUCAUUGCUCAACUGCAACCAAUGUUCAUUUCUCGCCGAGACAUUUACGAAGCCCGCGAGAAGAAAUCGAAAAUGUAUUCCUGGAAGGCGUUCGUUACCGGCCUCAUCGUUUCUGAAAUCCCCUAUCUCUGUAUUUGUGCUGUCGCUUACUUCGUCUGCUGGUACUACACCGUAGGCUUCCCCAAUGACUCCAACAAAGCCGGCGCGACAUUAUUCGUCAUGCUCAUGUACGAGUUCGUCUACACGGGAAUCGGUCAAUUCGUCGCGGCCUACGCCCCCAACGCCGUCUUCGCCUCUCUCGUCAACCCACUGGUCAUCGGAAUCCUAGUCUCCUUCUGCGGUGUCCUCGUCCCGUACGCUCAGAUCCAACCUUUCUGGCGCUACUGGCUCUACUACCUUAACCCAUUCAACUACCUCAUCGGCUCGCUCCUAGUCUUCACCACCUUCUCUGCACCAAUCGUUUGCAAAGAGUCCGAAUUCGCCAUCUUCGACCCACCGUCUGGCGAAACCUGUGCUCAGUAUUUGGCAGAUUAUAUGCAAGGCAUGGGCUCUCGUACGAAUCUGACGAAUCCGGAUGCGAGUGCGGGAUGCAGGGUGUGCGAGUACAGGACUGGGGCGGAUUAUUUGUACAAUGUUAAUUUGAAGGAUUAUUAUUAUGGGUGGAGAGAUGCUGGUAUUGUUGCUCUGUUCGCGCUGAGUAGCUAUGCGAUGGUCUACUUGUUAAUGAAAUUAAGGACGAAGAGGAGCAAGACUGCUGAGUAGAUGGUACAAGACGGAGAGAGUUCGUAUAAGGGAAGAUAGAUAUGUUGCGGUUUUCAUUUGUCGGAUGGCGUUGAUACUUAGAUGGCGGAAUAAUGUGUAUAUCAUAUUAGAUUGGGAAAGAAAGGUGGGG